GAGCCCUGAAGUCCAUCAUGAAGAAGCAGGAUGGUCCCCCCCGGAGCAAGGCAGAGGGCAGCAAGAAGAGCCUGCAGUUUGUGGGCGUGCUGAACGGGGAGUAUGAGAGCACAUCCAGUGAGGAGGAUGAGGAAGAAGGUGACAGCUCCUCUGAGAAGGCUUCGGACAACAGCUCCGACAGCUCCGAGCAGGGAGACAGCGAAACCUCAGAGGAAGAGGCUGGGGAAGGUGUGUGCAAGCCAGGACAGGAGUGUGAGGGGACUGAUGUGACCCUGCCAGAGCCCCCCGAGGUGAAGGAGAAGUUCGAGCUGAGCCCCAGGAUGCGGGAGGCCUGCCUCAUUGUCAAGACCCACCUGGGCCACCCCGGUGCCAGCAAGAGCAAGGAGGUGCUGCAGGAGUGGUUCCGUCUGUCCAGCCAGAAGUCGUCCGUCCCUGACACGGUCUCCAACCACCUCCUGGCCUUUGCUGAGGUCUCUCCGGCUCUCCUGACCCACGUGGUGAACUUGGCAGAUGGGAAUGGCAACACAGCUCUGCACUAUAGUGUCUCCCACUCCAACUUCCACAUCGUGCGGUUGCUGCUGGACACAGGGAUCUGUAACGUGGACCACCAGAACAAAGCUGGUUACACUGCCCUGAUGCUGGCAGCGCUGGCGGCCGUCGAGCAGGAGGACGACAUGAACGUGGUCCGGAGGCUCUUCAGCAUGGGCAACGUCAACGCCAAGGCCAGCCAGGCUGGCCCGACAGAACCGAUGCUGGCAGCGAGCCACGGCCGCCAGGAGAUGGUGGAAGCUCUGCUCGCCUGCGGGGCCGACGUGAACCUGCAGGACGAGGAGGGCUCCACGGCGCUGAUGUGCGCCUGCGAGCACGGCCGCGUCGAGACUGUGAAGCUGCUGCUCAUCUCCAUUGAGGACCACGAUGGUAACAACGCGGUCGCCAUCGCGCUCGAGGCCGGACACGACGACAUUGCUGCGCUCCUCUAUGCCCACCUCAAUGGCACCAAGGCACCGCUGCCCCAAGGGACGUCGCCAGCAGCCACGAAGAGCCCUGGGAGCCCAAAGAAAUCAAGUUAA